AUCUCCAUCUCAUCCGUCGCUCAAUGACAUGCUCGAGGCAGGAAGGGCGAUCGAGACGAUCAAAGCAAAUAUAAAGAGUAGCCCAGCAUGGUGCGCUCUUCCUUUACUCUCCACUCAAACCCCUCUCUGUACUACCGCCCAACAUGUUUCAACCUUUCGUGUUUCUCCUCCUCUCCUCCCUCUGGAGCUGGAGUGCAGCCCAAACCUUCACCGGCCCCGAAGACCCCCGCAUCAGCAUCGAACUCGAACUCCAAACGCCCUCGCAAGGCAUCAGCAUCACCGCCGACGGCCGCAUCUUCGUAGCCUACACCUACGUCGACGGCACCAGCGGCGGCCCGCAAGUAGUCGAGUACAACAAGACGACAAACACCUCCACGCCCUACCCCAACGAAGCAUGGAAUACGUACAGCGCGGGCGACGACGUGGCGACGCAUUUCAUCGGGGUGAAUGCGCAGCGCAUUGGGCCCGAUGGGAAUUUGUGGAUUGUAGAUAAGGGAGCGACGGGGAUUGGGGAGCCGGUGUUGCUGCCAGAUGGGCCAAAGGUGGUGGUUGUGAAUGUGACUACGAAUGAGGUUGCGAGGGUUUAUGAGAUGGGGAAUGUGACGAGGAUUAAUAGCUUUAUGGAUGAUAUUCGGUUCAAUCCUGCUGCUGGGAUGGCGUAUCUCACCGAUGCUGGAAGUGCGGGUCUGAUUGUGCUCGAUCUCGAGACUGGUGAUGCCGUGCGCGUUCUCAACGAUGCCCUCUCUACGCACGAGUACAUGCCCGUGUCCGCCGAAGGCAGCAUCCUCUACAACCAAGGCAAACCCUUCUACUUCUACGCCGACCAGCACGAAGUCAGCCCCGACGCAGAGUACUACUACUUCCAGCCCGCCAGCGGCGGCAUGAGCCGCAUCCCGACGAAAUGGAUGAACGCGGCCUUCAGCAACAGCUCGCUGAACGACAACGCCAUUCUCGGCCAGUACGUCGAGCCGUACGCGCACACGCCCGCCACCGGCGGCACGGCGAUCGACGCCGAGGGCAAUAUUUACAACAGUGAUACGGAUAGCCAGCGGAUUAUCAAGAUAGCGCCGAAUGGGACCAUGUCGCUGCUUGUGCAGGAUCCGAGGUUGUUGUGGGUGGACGCAAUGUGGAUUGAUGAUCAGAAGCGACUCUGGAUGCCGGCCGAUCAGCUGAAUCGAGGUACGCCGUUCCACAACGGCACGAGCUUGAUCACCAAGCCGUUGUACGUCUUUAGCAUUUACAUCGGUGUGGGACCGUCGCCCAUCGAUCAUGCAUGAGAGAAGGGUGUUUGUACGCAACAUAAAUGUGGAACACGAUGGACGAACGCCGUUAGUCGGUGUAGGCUAUAAUUUCUCAAUGGAAUCACCCGACCCAGCCUGGCCACCGCAGCUGAAAGGCACUAACUUUGGAAUUAUCAGCCCCACUGCAUCUUAGUACUCUCAUACUGUACCACCCAAUGCAGCAUGCUAAUCUAGAUCGGCA